AUGACAAGGUCAUUUGAGGAUGCCAUUGCCAUUACUCGGUACCUGGGACUUCGCCAUAUCUGGAUCGACAGCCUUUGCAUCCUCCAAGACGACCCAGAAGAUUGGGACAGAGAGCUAGCAACGAUGCACGCCGUCUAUUCCAAUGCCGUCCUGACUAUAUCGGUUACAGGCGCCGAGGACGGGACCCUCGGGUGCUUCGCUGGCCGGAAAUUGAAGAAAUAUGUUCCCAUACCUUAUUCAGAUAGCAAAAGCGGUCUCGAUGGACAAGUCUAUGCAUUUGCGCUGCCGGCAGCCCUGGAAGCCCGUCCAGACAAGUACAUCGAGAUGAGCUCCGAGCCCCUGUCCGCGCGGGCGUGGUGCUUCCAGGAGAGGGUUCUAUCUCGUCGCGUCUUGCACUUUGCUACCGACCAGAUGUACUUUGAGUGCAAUGCCGGGUUUCAAAGCGAGGAUGGACUACACUUGAAAAAGCGAUACUUCACUCUGCACGGCGACCCUCGGUCUGGCUUCUUGCCUGUACCCGGCGGCAGUACUUCUGACACGAACAUGCAGUUAUGGUAUAAUAUUCUUUGGAGCUACGGCCCGCGCAAGCUCACCAAAAGCUCUGACAAGUUGCCGGCCUUUGCAGGUGUCGCGGCAGUAUUCGCUGAGAGGUUGCGGGACCAGUACCUUGCCGGCAUAUGGCGCAAGUCGAUGAUAGAAGGCCUCCUGUGGCAGGCGCUGGAUGUCGCCGAAGUCAAAGACCGCAAGCCCUCUUGGUCAUGGGUAUCGAUUGACGGGAUUCCCACCAGCGGAUUAAUCGGCCGUUGGGAACAGCUUGCCUUCAUAAUCGACUGCCAGGUUGACCUGGUCGGAGAGAGCCGAUUCGGGGAGGUCAAAAGCGGCUGGAUAAAGAUGGAGGCGCCGCUCCUGCCACUCAUUCUCGUCGAGAGUGUCAGAUCAUCCGACGACAGGGAGACCGGCUUACCACUGAAGCAAAAGCAUUUAUUUUUCCGCACUCCUCGAGGUCUUCGCACGCCGGGACAAGUGGAUCCUCGCACUCCUGGCGGUGUGGAUGCGAAGUCGACCGGCAGGUUCGAUUCCAUAGGACAGAGACACGAAGAAGCAGAAACCUUGGCGCGAGAAGGCAAAGUUUUUGCACUUGUCCUUGCAGUCGACGUCGGAGACACUUCGCACAAGCUCAUGAUCUAUCACUCUCUCCUCGUCACGCCCGUGGAUGAAGGAGGAGACGGAACAACUCUGAAGCGGUUGGGAUUCGUCAAUCUGGAGAUUGAGAGCCUUGGGGAGGACGAAGUCCGGACGUCACGGACGACUGUUACGUUGGAGUGA